AUUAAAUCCACACUGUGGAAAAAGCAACAACACUGAACAGCCUAGACGACUACCGGGACUACCUUAUAUGAUUCAUGCUUUGUUCUGACGUCGGGUAGAGAUGACCAUGACCGGGAUAAACAAUGCGAUAAAGACAUGAUCCACUUUUUUCCUCUCCUUAUGUUUCAUCAGCUUUCCUCAGGAAGCCUCUUGACUGAAUCAGGGUUUAGUGGGGACUAAAACAUGCUGAUGAUUCAUUUCCAUUUCUUGGUGCCAGUGGAGUCAGUGGUGAUUGUUGCAGUUAAUCUAUUGUGACUUCAGAGGGCUGCAUGGGAGAAUGCCGGCCAUGUCUGCUUUGUUUGGGAGUCUGCUCGUUUUGAAAGAGACCGACUCUAAUGAUUCCAUAUGGUUUUUAAGCCCAGUCCACAUGUUGGGUCAGUUUUGGCUCAGCGUUGACUGAAUGUUACGGUAGUGUUUCUGAAAUGCAGGCGUGUCACUUAGUUAUUUCCUAUGGGACAUCGCUGUUCACAGAGGCAGCAGCGUCCAGGCCUACUAAAUUCAUCACGUGUGAAGUCAUGUCGGUGACAGUUAUAGCACCUACCGGAGCUUAUUUCAGUCCACUUCUCUCUCACUCCGCUUUUGGAAAUAUUUAAGCGGUCUGAAAAAACAUCUUAACAUUUUCCAAAUGGUGUUCCAGGCUUUUUGUCUGUGGCUAUUUCCUUUCUCUCUCUUGUUUUUAUAGAUGUGCCGAGAGGUCACAAGUUGUGGGUUGAUUCGCCUUCCCUAUCCGGCAAUAUCAGUUUUCUUCUAGAUCACGGACCGAGCUGGUCCCUCUGACGUGUUUGCUGCAGAUUGUUUUGCUUUUAAGGGCUUUUUAAUGGCCUUGUAAAACGAAUCUGAUUGCUUUUAUUUUUUUUAAAUCAACUGGUUAUUAGACAGAUUGGGCAGUUAAAAAGAGUGACUGGGAAAAAAGAAACAGAGUGAGUGGCCUGUUUUUCUCAGACUUUCAUGGACCGUGAGAGGAGUGAGCUUGGGAGUAAACCUUGGUCACAUGGAGAGGUUCUUAUCGUGACUCCACCUGGGUACGUUCUCAUCCGUGGGUGACUGUUGAAUGUUAGAGACAAGACGUGCAUGAGAAACCCUGCAUCCAGACAUGGAAAUACGCAAGAGAGGACUGAGCAAGCUGGCGAGUUACUGGGGCAUCUCUCGGGAUGAUGUGUCUGCUGAAAGUUGUGGUGAAGCAAGAGCGGGUUUAAGGGUCAGUGAAAGAGAAGACUCCGGGAGAGAUUCCCAGAAUUGGUACCGUCUGAGCAUUCCACCUCUGUGGCCUUGGCAGACUGUUGUCAUAGCAGCAGGGUUGGUAUUGGCUGUGCUAACUGGGCUGGCUCAUGCCUGGUGUGUUUACUCCAUACAUGAGAACCUGCUGUGGUUUUCUCACCUCAAGGAAGUUGAGCGUGAAAUCUCCUUUCGGACAGAAUGUGGCCUGUACUACUCGUACUAUAAACAGAUGUUGAGCGCUCCCUCCAUACAGCAAGGUCUUUCAGAGCUCAUCAAUGAUAAUGCCACUGAAUCCAAGAGAACCAUCAACCUCCUGCGACGCAUGAACAUCUAUCAGGAGGUGUUCCUAGGUGUUCUCUAUAGGAUUCUACCCAUACAGGCCUACCUGGAGCCAGUGUAUUUCUAUAUCUACACCGUGUUUUCCCUCCAAGCGGUGUAUGUCAUAGCCCUAUUCAUCACCAGCUGGCUGCUCAGUGGUUCCUGGCUAGCAGGGGCUCUCACUGGAGUCUGGUACAUCCUCAACAGAGUGGACACAACGCGGGUGGAGUUCACCAUCUCUCUCAGGGAGAACUGGUCCCUGCCCUUCUUCGCUCUCCAGAUAGCUGCCAUCACUUGCUACCUGAGGCCUCACCUCAAACCCAUCCAGCAGAAGGUGGUGUUGUGGCUGAUGUUCCUGGCCACGUUGUGUUUCUGCCUCACCUGGCAGUUUAAUCAGUUCAUCCUGCUGGUUCAGGCUCUCAUCAUCUUCACCCUGGAUUGUCUGGACCUCAUCUCCACAGAACAGGUGACCUGCCUGUACCUAGUCCAGGUGAGCAGCCUACUGUCCGUGUGGCUGCUGCAGUUCUGUAACUCCAUGAUCCUAGGCUCUCUGGCUCUCAGCUUCAUUGUGGCCGCUCUCUUUGUCAAGCACUUCCAGAGAGGGCUGAAGACCGGAGGAGUCGCAGCGCGGCUGGGAAAGCUGCUCCUUCACACUGUCCUCGUCCUUGCACUAACAUUCACCAUUCAUUAUUUAGCCAAGCAAGCGUUGCAGCUCCGUUCUGAUGAACACAUCUUUAAAUUCAUAAAGUCCAAAUUUGGCUUGGGCCCUACGAGAGAUUUCGAUGCCAGUCUGUACCUAUGUGAGGAAGCCUUUGGGCUGCUUCCCUUGGACACGUUUGACCGCUUGGCUGGCACUCUGCUGGCAUACCCUUACCUCGUCACCCUGAUUGUGCUCCUGGUGAUGCUGGCGCUGGUAACACUGGCCAACCUCUGUGAUUCUUCAGCGGUCGGGCGGCCGCCGAAAGGCCGAUGCGAGGCUCGGCCGAUCUGUAUGCGGGCAGAUGUCGCCUACAAUCUGUUACACACCGUCUUCUUCGGCCUCCUGGCGCUCGGCACCAUGAGAAUGAAAUAUCUGUGGACUGGCCAUAUGUGUGCCUUUGCUGCCUAUGGCGUGUGUGGCAAGGAGCUGUGGUCCCUCUGCCUGAGCAUGAUUCACUGUAACACUAAAACAAAGCUGAGGCUGAUCAGGUACACGCUUCCACUUGUCAUUCUGUGUUUUCUAUAUUACAAGUUCUGGCCCAAACUGAUGACGGAAGUAUCAGAACUGAGAGAAUUCUACGACCCUGACACCGUUGAGCUGAUGACCUGGAUUAGCUCAAAGACCCCCAAGAAGGCAGUGUUUGCUGGCAGCAUGCAGCUCCUGGCUGGGAUCAAACUGUGCACAGGGAGAGUCCUGACUAAUCACCCACACUAUGAAGACCGAGCUCUGAGAGAGAGGACCAGACAGGUGUAUCAGAUCUACGCCCAGCAAUCCCCGGAGGAGGUCCACGGGAUCCUGCGCUCGGCGGGGGCUGAUUUCGUGGUGAUGGAGGACAGCGUCUGCUACGAGAGGAGGCAUGGCCGGGGCUGCAGGCUCCGAGACCUGCUGGACCUGGCCAACGGACACAUCAUGGAUGGCCCUGGGGACAACGACCCAGACUUGGUCCACGCCUCCCACCCUCGCUUCUGUGAGUCCAUCAAGACAGACGGCCCUGCCUACACAGCCCUCUUCACCCGCGUUUUCCAAAACAAGACCUUCCACGUCUACAAGCUGAAGAGGGGCAAGAAGAGAGCCAAGGCCGACAAAGAGCCGGUGGCCAUGGAGGAUAAAAACCAGUAAUAAGACCCUGGGGACCCCAUAAACAACCCCUGCCCACCCAUAUCCAGCAGCCUGCCCAGUCUCUGACUCAGCCUCCUGCUCCCUGUCAUGUUGAUAACCUGAUGACUGCUCUGUGCUCCCUGCUCUCUGGUCUACUCGACUUCAUCUGGAACCAUGGCUGCACUCUCCCUCCCUCCUUCCACCCCUCCCUGCACCACGGCAGCCAGAGGCAGGUAAUCACGGCCGGCUGACACGGCGCUGAUUUGUGCAGCGUCUGAUUGCGGCGGGGGAGCAGAUGAGCACAUGCAUAUCAAACCAGGGCUUUGUGUCGGGAAGCUCAUGUUUAAACAGGAGAGAUGACGGCACAUCACAACAACAUUCACGGCUCUCUCUCGCUUUCACCCAGACUAAAGGCAGAGCAGAGGAGAGGAGAGAGACCUUUGAGAGGGAGCUGAUUGAAAGAUAGAGCAGUGGGGGUAAUUAUUGCGAAGGCCAGUCUGGUCUCUUUGGUGGCUGCGUCUGCAGCCUGACUGCACAGCUGCACCCUGUGCCAUUUCCUUGUUUUUUAAACCGUGCCAUGUCUCGUCUCCACUUCUUCAUGAGGACUCCUCUUUUGAUGCUCUCUCACAGACACACAAAGUUCUGCAUAAGUUGUCUUGUUGUGGUGUAUCGAGGGGAAGUGGCGUUCUCAUUGUGAUGCAUAACAGUCCUAUCACUGUGAAGAGUAUUUGCUUGUUCAUUCCGUUGCAUUGAAAUUGGAUGUUUCAUUUAGUAGUUGGCUAAUAAAAAAAUGUACCAGGGAGAAGUUAAUUUCAUUAAGUUUGUCUAAUAAGUGCAUACUAAUGUAAUGUUUUUGAGCAUUGCCAUUCUUCAUUUUCAUAUUUAUUAAUAAUUCAGUUUAGAUGCAUUGGUCAUUUAAACUGACAGUAUUUUUUUAAAUGAGCAAAUGCUAGAGCAGAUAAUUUAUUAACUGUGUGUAUUCGCUCACAACUCAUCACCACAGAAUCAUACAGUAUUAUGUAGAAGGACUGCAUUGUGGGUGAACCAUGACCACUGGUCAAUGUUGAAUUAGGUGAAUGGUUAACAUAUUCAUGACAACUGGUCUAUGUAGGACUGGCUAACAUACAGUGGGUAUCAGAAGUAUUCACCGCCUUGGAUUUUUUCACGUUGGUGGGUUACAACGUGGGAUUGAAAUAGAUUUAAUUGUCAUUUUCCUGUCAUGGAUUUACACAAAAUACUCAAUAACAUCAAAGUGAAAAGAAUUUAAAAAAUAAAAUGUAUACAGAUUAAUAAAAUUUAAUUGACUUAAAUAAAGUUGUUGCAUAUAAGUAUUCACCCCCUUUGUUUAGGCAUGCCUAAAUUAGUUCAGGAGUAACAUUUGGCUUAACAAAUCACAAGAUACAUGUGAAAUAAUGUAUACAUGUGAAAUAAUGUAACUUGUGACUUAACUUUGUAAUGACUACCCCUUCCUUUGUCCCCCAUACAAGGUCCCUCAGUCAAGAAUUGAAUUUCAAGUACAGGUUCAACUACAACGACCAGAGGGGUAUACAAUGACGCAAGCUACAGUAGAUCUACUCAGGGUUUUCUAAAGCUAGCCAGCUUCAGUUACUUUCCCAUUCCAGCUCAGGCUUCGUCUGUACUACGACGGGGGAUAUUGCUUGUCCGUCUACCAAACUCUAGCAGGCUUGAAAGUGCGUGUUGCACGUGGCUAGUCAAACACCAAACUUUUCAUUGAGACAAUGCUGAAACAAUCCAUGGGAAAGUCGGUGCCAUAUUUUCAUUUGUGCCGAAAUCGAAAUGAAAGAAAAGGUAUAAAUUCAGCGGGCUUUCGUGUGAAAUAGACUUUUUGAAGUGGUGUCUUUUUAUUACUUUGGUGUGGUUAUCAACACAAGUCAUUUUUCCCGCACUCCUAUUGAUCAAAUAAUUGUAUUAAGUCAUACAAAUGUAUUACUGUGCGUGACGUUUCAAAUGCAUUUAUCAUUACUAAAUGUCUAAUGUGAUUAGUGUGACCAUGUUAAACUGCCUAUUUGGAUGGUCCUAUCUGUAGAUGCUCUACAAACGGUCAUACUGUCAAUAUGCUAUCAAGGUCAAACUAUCUGUUGAUACGCAACUACGGCUUUGUGUUAUGUUGCGGUUAGGGUUAUGUUUAGAAUUAGGGUUAGUAGAUAGUUAGUUGAAAUUUUACAGAUGCUUUACAGACUACCCACCCGAAACACGGCAAAGGAAUACACUUUUUGGCCUAAAUGCAAAGCCUUAUGUUUGAGGCAAAUCCAACACAACUCAUCACUGAGUAACUGUAUCAUUAUUUUCAUCAUGGUAUGGGCAUGCUUGACAUCGGCAAAGACUGGGGAGUUUUUCAGGAUAGAAAUAAACGAGAUUGAGCUAAGCACAGGCAAAAUCCUAGAGGACAACCUGCUUCAGUCAGCAGGACAAUAACCUACAACACAAGGUUGAAUCUACACUGGAGUUGCUUACCAAGAAGACAGUGAAUGUUCUUGAGUGGCCAAGUUAGUUUUGGCUUAAAUCUGCUUGAAAAUCUAUGGCAAGACUUUAACAUUGCUGUCUAGCCAUGAUCACCAACAUCUUGACAGAGCUUGAACAAUUUACUGUAGAAAAUAAUAAUUGUUAAAAAUCGAGGUGUGCAGAGCUCUUAGAGACUUACCCCAGGAAGACUCACACCUGUAAUACUUAUCUGAUCAAGGUAAAAAAAAAGUCUCAUCUAAACGAUAUAUACAGUUGAUGUCGGAAGUUUACGUACACCUUAGCCAAAUACAUUUAAACUCAGUUUUUCCACAAUUCCUGACAGUUAAUCCUAGUAAAAACUCCCUUUCUUAGGUCAGUUAGGAUCACCACUUUAUUUUAAGAAUGUGAAAUGUCCGAAUAAUAGUAGAGAGAAUUAUUUAUUUCAGCUUUUAUUUCUUUCAUCACAUUCCCAGUGGGUCAGAAGUUUACAAACACUCAAUUAGAAUUUGGUAGCAUUGCCUUUAAAUUGUUAAACUUGGGUCAACUGUUUCGGGUAGCCUUUCACAAGCUUCCCACAAUAAGUUGGGUGAAUUUUGGCCCAUUCCUCCUGACAGAGCUGGUGUAACUGAGUCAGGUUUGUAGGCCUCCUUGCUCGCACACGCUUUUUCAGUUCUGCCCACAAAUUUUCUAUAGGAUUGUGGUCAGGGCUUUGUGAUGGCCACUCCAAUACCUUGACUUUGUUGUCCUUAAGCCAUUUUGCCACAACUUUGGAAAUAUGCUUGGGGUCAUUGUCCAGUUGGAAGACCCAUUUGCGACCAAGCUUUAACUUGCUGACUGAUGUCUUGAGAUGUUGCUUCAAUAUAUCCACAUAAUUUUCCUGCCUCAUGAUGCCAUCUAUUUUGUGACGUGCACCAGUCCCUCCUAAAGCAAAGCACCCUCACAACAUGAUGCUGCCACCCCCGUGCUUCAUGGUUGGGAUGGUGUUCUUCGGCUUGCAAGCCGCCCCCUUUUUCCUCCAAACAUAACGAUGGUCAUUAUGGCCAAACGGUUCUAUUUUUGUUUCAUCAGACCAGAGGACAUUUCUCAAAAAAGUGCGAUCUUUGUCCCCAUGUGCAGUUGCAAACCGUAGUCUGGCUUUUUUAUGGCGGUUUUGAAGCAGUGGCUUCUUCCUUGCUGAGCGGAAUUUCAGGUUAUGUCGAUAUAGGACUCGUUUUACUGUGGAUAAAGAUAUUUUGUACCUGUUUCCUCCAGCAUCUUCAGAAGGUCCUUUGCUGUUGUUCUGGUAUUGAUUUGCACUUGUCGCACCAAAGUACAUUCAUCUCUAGGAGACAUUCUGCGUCUCCUUCCUGAGCGGUAUGACGGCUGCGUGGUCCCAUGGUGUUUAUACUUGCGUACUAUUGUUUGUACAGAUGAACGUGGUACAUUCAGGCAUUUGGAAAUUGCUCCCAAGGAUGAACCAGACUUGUUGUGGUCUACAAUGUUUUUUCUGAGGUCUUGGCUGAUUUCUUUAGAUUUUCCCAUGAUGUCACGCAAAGAGGCACUGAGUUUGAAGGUAGGCCUUGAAAUACAUCCACAGGUACAUCUCCAAUUGACUCAAAUUAUGUCAAUUAGUCUAUCAGAAGUUUCUAAAGUCAUGGCAUAAUUUUCUGGAGUUUUCCAUGCUCUGUAAUUAUAAGUGAAAUAACCAGUCUGUGAACAAUUGUUGGAGAAAUUACUUGUGUCAUGCACAAAGUAGAUGUCCUAACAGACUUGCCAAAACUAUAGUUAACAAGAAAUGUGUGGAGUGGUUUAAAAACGAGUUUUAUGACUCCAACCUAAGUGUAUGUAAACUUCAACUGUGUAUAUGUGUGUGUGUGUAUAUAUAUAUGUAUAUGUAUGUAUGUGUAUAUGUAUGUAUGUAUGUAUGUAUGUAUGUAUGUAUGUGAGAGAGUAUUUUGUGUCGAUUUAAAAAAAUAUAUAUAUACAUUUGAAUCCCACUUUGUAACACAAUAAAAUGUGAAGAAUUCCAAGGGAGUGAAUGAUGAGAUAUGAUAUGCACUGUAGUCUAAAUCCUGAUGUCAAACAAUUCAGACUUAACAGGGAAAUGUCAAAUUAUUCAAUACUGUAAAAGGUUAAUGUGUGUUAUUUUAUGGCAUAUUGGCAAUGUGGAUUGCAUCAUGUUAUUAUUUAAAUAUGUAACAACCUUAGAGUAUGAAAGUACCUUCAAAGUUGUCUAGUUCAUCUCUGUGUUGAUGUCAAAUGUGUCUGUUAUUGAACCUAACAGUUGCUUGUAGUGCUGAAAAAGGAAAUUAAUCAACAAAUGUACACCUCAUUUUCAUAGUUGUAGUUUGCAUGAUUUAAGCUUCAUGUCAACUUGAGACUUUACAGGGCAAAAUCUUAGAGGGGUUUAAAUAUCAAAUAGGCAUCAUUUUGGGGAUUGAAUGCAGACUGAUUACAUCAAUGUUUCUAAUAUUGUGUCGACCGCAUCAGAUAUUGUACCAUCUGGAAAUCAUUCAAAGUCAUGAUGACAAUUUUCUUCAUUACUUAACACUGUGUUUAAACUAGAAGACACCCCUCUGCUAAUCUGGUGUUUGUGGUAUUUCCUUUCCUAUUGUUCUGUGUCUGUCUGUUCACCCAGUAAAUGGGUUGGUCCUGUUUGACGUGCCAGUGGAGAAAUUGCACUAGUUGGGGUAGCAUAUCAUGUUUUAUGAUGUUUCAUCUUCCUUGUGAAUGCAGUUUGCCAUUGAUCAGUGUUCCAUUUUCUCGUCGAAAGGGACUUUUUGUUUUCUGUUUUGUGUGAAGAAGAAAAAAUAUGUAUUCA